AUGAGAGCUGUGUGUGUUUGGUUAUGUGUGGUGCUCUGGACAUGCAGCCCUGACGCUGCAGCAGCAGCAGCAGCAGCAGCAGCGGGACAGUCACUCAACGACUCCUCACUUCUGGGAGAGGGGAUGUUUUCUUACACGGAGCAUUUCCUGAACGUUUCGGGGCGGCUGGAUAACCGGACCUCUGGAUUCUUCCUCCUGGACUUUGACGAGGGGAUGCUGGAGGACUGGCGCUCUCUGGCGAGUAAGAAGCGCCGCGGCGGGGAGUCGCAGGACAGGAGGGUCAAGGCGCUGCUGGUAGCCGCGUACUCUCUGAUCAUUGUGAUCUCCCUGUUCGGGAACACGCUGGUGUGCCAUGUGGUGAUGAAAAACAAGCGCACCCAGUCCGCCACCAGCUUGUUUAUUAUGAACCUGGCUGUGGCUGAUAUCUUCAUCACUGUCCUCAAUACGCCAUUCACCCUGGUCCGGUUCGUGAACAGCACUUGGGUGUUUGGAAGGACAAUGUGUCACAUUAGUCGCUUUGUGCAGUAUUGCUCACUGCACGUCUCCACGCUCACACUCACUGCCAUCGCUCUGGACCGUCGGCAGGUGAUUUUACAUCCUUUGAGGCCUCGCAUGUCCCUGACACAAGGCGGUGUGUGGGUUGGUGUUAUCUGGAUAAUGGCCAGCUGCUUCUCCCUCCCUCAUGCAAUCUACCAAAAACUACUGACUUUUACAUACAGUAAGGAAAAGGAGCGCAGCCUGUGUGUGCCAGACUUCCCAGAGCCCUCAGAUGUCUAUUGGCAGUACAUUGACCUCCUGACCUUCAUAUUACUCUACAUGCUACCACUCCUCAUCAUCACCGCCUCCUACACCACAGUGGCCUGCCGGCUGUGGCGUCACAACGCCAUCGGUGACACCACAACAGCUCAGCACGCUGCCCAGAGAAGAAAGCGGCGGCGGACAUUAGCCAUGUUGCUCCUGGUGGUCGGGGUGUUUGCCGUCUGCUGGUUCCCUCUCAACUGCUACGUGGUGCUGCUGUCCAGCCAGGCCAUCCACUCCUCUAAUGCUCUGUACUUCUGCUUUCACUGGCUGGCUAUGAGCUCCACCUGCUACAACCCUUUCAUCUACUGCUGUCUGAAUCCCACCUUCCGCCAAGAGCUGAGGCUGCUCUUUGACAUGUGCAGGAAGAGGCGAAGGGUGGUGGUUGGGCUGGAGCCAGAGCUCCGCCCUGUUGCUGCUCCUUGUCACAGGACUGCCUGGCCCGACAACCACGAGUCCUCAGGGCCAAGGCACACCUUAUCACACCCGGGCCACUCCUCCUCACAGCAGAGUCACGCCUCCUCCAGUCAGUCCCACAACAUCAAAGAUACACACGUGCUCUUCACGGCCAGGCAGGUCCUCACAGGAAGAACUGACAUCCUCUCAGUCGAGCCGAUUGUGGCUGUCAGCUGACAGGGGACAUGGGAUUGUGCUGUUUGAGAUUCUUAAUCCUAUUUUAGGAUUUCAUCAUGUUCCAAAGAGGAUAUCAGAGAUCUCAGAGAUGUAUGGCUGAGACUUCACGCGGUUGUGAUGGCAGGAGAGUGAGAGGACAUGGUGAUGGCUUUAAAAGGAAGAAACUCAUGUUGUUUUAUCCACCUUUAUGUUCUGCUUCUCACUCAAUUUAGGCAUCAGCCCUUAAAAGUCCAGUGUGUAGGAUUUAGGGGGAUACACUGGCAGAAACUGAAUGUAAUAUUCAAAGUUUUCAUUAGUGUAUAAUCACCUGAAACAAGUAACUGUUGUGUUUUUGUUAACUUAGAAUGACCCAUUUAUAUCUAUGGUCCUCCUCCAUGGAGUCCACCAUGUUGAUCUAUAGUAGCCCAGAAUGGACAAACCAGCUCUAGAUGGGGCCGUUUGCAUUUUUGCGGUGGCCCCCAUAGUCCUAAUUACAAGUUUCAGUUGGUUGCAAUCUGCAACCUCACCCCUAAAUGACACUAAAUCUUACAUGCUAGACCUUUAAAGCAUUACCAGCUGUGCUUGAGCUGUCGAUCGUUUCACAUAAUCUUCAUCAGCAAAUGGAGUUUGGCCAGUUUAUCAUGUUCAAAUUUCCAUUUUUUUCCUCUGCCCUUUUAGGACACCUCCUCCAUGUUGGCUUUAGUUGAGUUGAGAUUAAAAGUUAAUUUUUUGAUCUUGGAAACAGCAGCUGACAAAACAGUCUCACCACAAAGUCCAUUUAGCAGGGCUUCUUGAGCUUUGGAUCAGUUUUUAGAGAUUACUGUUGCAGCAAUGACAUAUACAUGCAGAGGAUGUAAUGUGAAGCUAACUGGGCUCAUUCCUAAAAUUAAUUUAUCUCAAGUUUCUUUAUACCAUAUAUUUUAUGAAAGAAAAAAAACCCUCAUCUGAUGUAAAUUUUCUGUCUAAAAAUAUUUUUUUCUGAUCUCAACCAGCUCUGUACCAACAACAUGGGUAGUAUGUGUAAAUGAACUAUGUUAAACUUUGCUCCAUUGUACCAGCACCCACAUCUCCCUGCUCAUCUCCAGAUAACGCCAAACUGGAUUUUUGCCAGCUCUCAAGUACAGAUUGUACCGCAUUUUCUUAUGCCCACCUGCACAGACAAAAUCAUUUAGAAGCAGAUGAAGAGAGAGAUGCCUCUCUCUUUCUCUUUCUUAAACUCAGAUCAAACUGUAAAACUAAGCAGUGCUGAUCAAAUAUAAACCAAGUUUCUGAUAUUCUAUUGUCUAUUUCUCACCUAAAAUGUUUUCAGACACAUACUUUUGUGCACUGUUUGUAAUCCAAGGCUGUUCUUGAACAGGAAGUGGACCAUUUCCUGUAUUGUAGAAACAGAGGCUGCAAAUACUAUGAUGGACGUAUUUACCAUGAAGUCACACAGUGGUUUGUGGACUUCCAUUUUUAAGCCUCGAGUUUAAGAUUUCAGCCAUCGCCAUCUUGGUUUUUUGCAGGCAGUACUGACCAAAUUUGAGGGGUGGCUCUAACUGAGAAGCUGAGGACACUUUUAACAGACAGCCUGUCACUCAAAGUGGCCCGCCCUUAAUGAUAUGUGACUUUAAGCCUUAAUCAUUUUUAAAAGGAGCUAGUUAUAUGAAAUAUCACCCCUGCAGAGUUGUCAUGAAGGGGGGAAUUAGCGAUAGAGACCAAAACCAGGCUGUAAACAUGUUUAUUUCUGCUUUAAAGUUGGGUAUUUUUAAUGGGGGUCUGUGAGGAUUGACUGGCCUCUGGAGCCAGCCUCAUGUGGCCAUUCAAAGAACUGCAGAUUUUGCUGCUUGGAUCACGGUUUAAAUAUGGACCAAGAUUCUGUUACGACAUUUUUCUGUUUACUCUGUGCACGUAGAACCAAUUUUGAAAGUAACUGCACCUUUCUACUACACAGACAACCCAUUUUUGUGAAAAGGCUAUCUUUCCGGCGGUGAAAUGCUUCUUUAAUCUUUUGAGAUAACUGUCAGGUCUGUUUGCCUUCACAGGUUUGCAUGACUGACAAAGUUCAUUCAUCCCCGAAAAUCUCUCUGAAAAAAAUAUGUAUCACUUAGUUGUGACAUGAAAACUGUGGUUUACCAUUGUGCCUACGAGCACAGAACCUCAGAUAGCGUUCAGAAUAAAAUAUUGAUCACACUGAUUCUCAAGCUGCAUCCUGCUGCUCAACCGUGUCUCUUUGAUUCAUAUAUAGCCACAGGACUUAUAGAGAAUGCAUAGGGGGAAAAAAACCCACGCCGACAAAAUAUUACAGCAGGCUACAUGACUCACCCUCAUCAACAUAUAUUCUGCACCAUAGACUGUGUCGUCUUUUAGUUGCUUCAAAAGUCUCUUUACAGUGUUGCCAAUAGUGAAAGAAAAACUAUGUUUUUGGUCAUCAGUCCAGACAGACACGUUGGAGCUUUGCAUACCAAAGACAGCCUGCAGCAAAAUUCUGACGGUGUUCUCACAGUGUGACUGCCACUACAAACCAACCAAUGAUGCAGAACAAAUAUGAUCACUUUAGUUACGGUUCACACUGUUGGCAGAUUGCUAAGAGGAAAGCUUGCAGGUGUGUCACACUGCAUUUUGAGGCUGAGCAUCAGAGCGUGCUCACAGUUCAUUUAACGGCGUCAGUGGAGUUUGCUUUUGUUCACUCCCAAGUAAUCCCAUCCAAUUAAUUACAUGCCUUGAAUAUGUAACUUGUGCUUUACUUUAACCAUCUAAAAGGGCUGUAAAAUAGCCAACUAGGCUACUUUGGAUGCUAUAGAAUUUGAAGGCAGAAUAUUUCUUCAGUUUCUGAACUGCUGUGUGAAGGUCGCUCUAAAGUAAUUGAAUGGUGUUAAAGAUAAUAACAGCCUCUAUGAAUUUUAUUCAAAGAUCAUAUAAAACCGAGCAAAAAAGAGAAAAGAAUGAAUAACCUCAGCUUUCGUAACUGCAUGAUCUCCAGCCAUUGCAUAUCACACUCUUUGAGCAUCUGUCAUGUCCUCACUUUGCCUCAUUCAUGAAUGUGUUUACUCCACUCUGCCAAUGAAAGGAGGCAAAGUGAAAGCGUUCCUACCACCUUGUCAUCUUUGUGUGUAGGUUUCUUUUGUCAAAUUGAACUGGGAAAAUCAUAUUUUCCUUUAGAAAAACGGAUCCUAUUUCAUCCUAUGGUGUCAUCAAAUCCAGUGCCAGACAUAGUAGAUUAGGCGCCCUAGACAAGCUUCUCCUGGCCCCACAAUAAGAAUCACUCUUGGUGGCGUUCUAGGGAUAUGUCCCCAGCCUGUUCUCAUUCCCAAGUUGUCAAAUACUGCUGCUUUGUCAAGUGAUUUUGACCAUUACCAAUGCAAAAAGGCACCUUUCCCAGCAGAAUGAUACACACCGGGCAGCACCAGUUGAUAACCCCACCCAGCAGUGUGUCAUACUGCCAUGAAAGAUGCAUCAGUCUCCAGAUGGCAUCUGCUUGAAAUGCUGCGAGUAAAAACCUAAUAUAAGGAGCUGGAAAGUUCCUAUAGGGCAGGUGGGAGGGGCGGUGGACGGAUACAACAAACCCCAGACUUUCACCUGUGUGAAUGUUUGAGCCAAACCAUGAUGUUUUAUAAACCUAACCACAUGCUUUUUUGCAUAAGGAAAAGAAACGUCAGUACGAGGUGUGAUGUUGUGAGUUUUUUUUGAAAAAGACUGUAUGCAUCUAAUAAGCAGAAACUGUACAUUUCCUGUGAAAACAGAAGUGUACUUUGAAAAGACACAAUGCAUGUAACAAGCGCAAAUUCGUGGCAUCCCGGAAUGUCAACAACAGACGCAGGAGGAUACCUGGCCUGUCAAAUGGAGACGUGAAAGUCCACUGAAAUAGUGAAGGUAUUUGAAGAGUUUGGAUGAGGACGCAUUGAUGUCCCCUUUUAGGAAGAUCUGCCACUGAUCACAUCACAUUACAGGUCUGAGAAACAUCAAGUACACCAACAUUUUGGUGGAUUAAAAUUAAA